GAUAACUCCCGGACCCUGGCGGUACAUUCGGUGAAAGCCCUGCUGAAUAUGGACGACGAUAUUUUAAUUGCGCAAAUGGGUUCCUGGCUCACUGUGGCCCACAUGUCGGUGCUGACCAAUCAGGACACUGCCCGGGUGUUUGUGUGCGGAGUGAAGUCUGCGGCCCGAGAAGCGGAAUUGAAGGAUCUCUUCGCACGUAUGGAGUGUAAAAAUAUCGAGCUGCUUCAUGAAGAUUUUGCCGACAUCGAACCCACGUUUCCCAAGCUGCAGAAAGUGAAAGUGAUUUUGCUCCUGCCUCGCUGUUCCGGCCUGGGGGUCAGCAAUCCGAUCGAAUUUAUUUUAAAAGAGCACGAAGCGCGACCCGUCCGAAUCGGUGACUGUGAAAGACGUUUUGGCCCGUGCUGCGGCGAAAGGCCUACUGGAUGGUAUCGACCUGGCGAAGCCGUCAAAAAGAGAAGAGAAAAAGAAGAAGAAACACCGAGCCGCCCCGUCGAAGAACCCGAUCAAAGAGGCAGUGAUGCAAUCCCGGAUCCAGGAGUUCCUGGAACGAGAAAUGAAAUCCGGAACGAUGGAGUCUCCCGGAUCGAAGGUGGCUCCCAGCAGCUCUCAGGUGUUGCACCAAACCAGCGAGCCCGUAACGUUGAAGAAAGCCACCAACCCUAUUUCGAACUCGUCUCUUCCCGUGAUGGCCAAGAACAACCUCGCCACCACCUCCACCAUGCAAAAAGUCUUGGAGAAACAGAGGAACGUCGGGAAAUCGAAGAACGACGACCGAGUCAUGAUUUUGAAGCCUGUUGAGAUCGUCCUGCCCCCGGUGAUGAUGCCGUAUUUUAACCCCCAAGGGAACAGGGCCCAGAUUUCGGCGAGCCACUGUUACUAUCGUUGGAUCGGGGCAAAACACGGGUCGCUUAGCCCUUCGGCAUCUAAACGACUGAUUAAAUCCAAAGAGCCACCCCCGUCUACGGGGACCAAACAUUCUCGCCCGUGGCUUUGAAGUGGGCGCCAUCUUGGUUUGUUUCGGUUUUUGUUUCCCUCCCCCUCUUCCCCCCCUCCCCCUAGAAUUUGAGACCGAUGUUCGUCGAACCGCCAAGCUCCUGAAUAUCGUUUGCGCCCUAAAGUGCUUUUGGAAAGAAAUCGAAACGUGGAUCUCU